AUGGUUUCUUACAGGGAAAUACAAGCCUCAAAUGAGUUGAUAAGCGAUGCUAAUGCGCCACGAGUGGCCGUCUUCGUUGGAGGAACCUCAGGGAUCGGGCAGUUGACAGUCAAGGCUCUCGUCAACACUGGUGUCAGCAUACGAAUCUACCUGGUGGGACGUAAGAGUUCUGAAGAGCGCAUCCAGACCCUUAUCGACGAAUUGCAGGCCAUCAACCCCCAGGCUGAAGUCAUCUGGACAGAAGGCGAGAUCUCACUUCUCUCAGAAACGAAAAGAAUAUGCGAGGUUAUCAAGGCCAAGGAGUCGCGCGUCGAUCUACUGUUCCUCACGGCUGGGUACAUACCUUUUGGUGAGCGCAAAGAGACCACGGAAGGGUUGGAGACCGUUCAAAGCCUUGAGUACUACUCGCGAAUGCUAUUCACUACACUCUUGUUCCCCCUCCUUGGACUAUCGGAGAAUCCUAGAGUCGUCAGUGUGCUGUCUGGAGGAUUGGAAAGGGUGACUAGUAUCAACUUGGACGAUCUAGAUUUGAAAAAGCCCGGGAAUUUUGGUGGUGUGGCUGCACAGGGCCAAUACGGGACCAUGAACUCGAUAUAUCUGGACAAACUUGCCACCAAUCAUACCGAUAUCACGUUCAUUCAUUCCUGGCCUGGCGCUGUGAACACUGGAAGUGUCAGAAGAGGAUUCGGCCCCAACUCGAUCAUGGUCUGGGUCAUCAGGCUUCUCCUAGAGCCUCUUCUUGCCCUAGUCUCCUACAGUGACAAUGAGUCUGCGCAAAGGCAUCUUUUUCAGAGUACGAGUGCUGCUUUCGGUGGUCGUGGCAUACCCUGGAAGGGGAAGCCAGGCGUUAACUCAAGGGAGCAAGAAACAACUGGGCUGUUUCUGGUCAAUCACAAGUGCGAUUGUACCCCGAACACGAGAGUCAUACCUGUACUCCGAGAGAAGGCACAGACAAAAGUAUGGGAUCACACACAAGAAGUUCUUCGACCAUACCUCUGA